AUGGAGAUUUCUUCUCUCUCAACGCCGGUUACCUUGAAUACCUGGCAUAAGGUUAGAAUAUCUAGGAAGGAUUCUCGUGGAGAACUGCAGUUGAACUCGGACCCGGCGAUAUCAGCGAGCUCGCCACCGCCGAUGACAGAACUAAAUCUUGGCGGUAAUCUCUUUGUUGGCGGUUUCAGAGAUCUGAGUCAAGUUAAUCCUGAUUCCGGAGUUCUCCGACCUCUAGACGGUGCUGUUCAACGGAUAAUCCUGAAGAAUGAAGUUCUAACCAACCUGGUCGGGUUGAGUUCGGAGAACCGGCAGCUCCGGGUCUACCACGGAGCACCAUGUCAGAGACAUAGAUGUGAAAACGGCGGAUCUUGUGUUCCCCAUUUUAGAACUGCUCUGUGCGCCUGCGCGCCAGGGUUUUCGGGGAAACACUGUGAUACUGUAGUCUACUAACACAUUUAUCUUUAAGAAAACCUUGUUAAGUUAAAAUCUUCUUCUGUCUAGGUUUACAAGGUUUUAGGUUUCAAGAUACACAUUGUCAACCUUCACUAUCAUGAAUACUUAACUAGUCCAACACAAUCAUAUCAAAACUCAUGGAAUAUCAUAUUUUCUGUUUUCACCAUUUGUUAUCGUUCUAUUUAUACCACUACAUUGACAAACAAGUUGCUACGGUUCCAAAAACCAAGAGAAUACAGAACCAAUAAUAUAAAUACUAGUGCCUCUAGUUUGGAACCAAGAACUUUGAAACAGAACCAUGGAUUCCGUAUUGUAGAACCUUUAAUAUAAAGUGUUCCAUUUCGGCAAGAACGUGGAACCUUUACCAUAGAACCUUUUCUUAUAGAAUCUUUAUUUAUCAUUAAAUAGAAUGAUGUACUUCAUUGUAAGAGUUAGUUUACCGAUUCACACAAGUACUCUAUAGAAUUGAAAAUAGAAUAUAAGAUUAAGUUAACGAAGAGCCUAGAACUCCGAAGUUAGAAUAUAGGAAUCCAUGCUGCAAUAACUUAGAUAUUAAUAGUUUCAUAAGUUUAAAUAUGCUGAUAGAAUUAGCGAAGUAUUAGAAUUAAAUCUUUUAAAACACCCAA